UUCAUAUUUUGUUUCAGUUUGUUGCUAUUCCUUUCGUAUUUUGAAAACCAUGUCCAACAAGUUGGACCUAAGUUCGGUUUGCAUGGAGUCUUUACUAGAAGUGCCAAGCACCCUUAGCAAACCCAAGAGAAGAUGGCACUUGGCCUUCGCUACAAUUUAUUGUUCCCGGGCUCUGUACUCCCUUCUCAAUCAUCCUGUCAACAAUAAGAAGAAGAGCAAAACCCUGCCUACUUCACCCUCGUCGUUUGUCAUACUCAAUGUUAAGCCCCAGCAUGGAUUCUCCAACUUUGAUCAACAUAGCCUCACUCAAAUAGUGAAGCACAAAAGCUUGACCCAGCUUCUUGAGCUUGGAGGUGUUGAAGGUGUGGCCAUUGUUCUAGAAACAGAUGCUGAAAAUGGCAUCCAUGGAGCUGUUGAAGGUGUCACCUGCAGGCGAAAAGCUUUCGGUUCUAACACCUACCAGGAGCCGCCUACGAAGAGCUUCUUCUACUUUGUGGUGGAAGCUUUUAAGGAUGUUACCAUUCUCAUACUUGUAGCUUGUGCCACUCUUUCUCUUGGCUUUGGCAUUAAAGAGGAGGGACUGAAAGAAGGGUGGUAUGACGGUGGAAGCAUAUUGGUCGCUGUCUUUCUAGUCAUUUCUGUCUCUGCUGUGAGUAACUUCAGGCAGAAUAGACAGUUCGAUAAGUUGUCUAAAGUCAGCAAUAAUAUCCAGGUUGAUGUUGUCCGGGAUGGGCGACGUCAGCAGAUUUCUAUAUUUGAGGUUGUUGUUGGAGAUGUUGUUUGCUUAAAGAUUGGAGAUCAAGUUCCAGCCGACGGAUUGUUCCUGGAUGGGCAUUCGUUACAAGUGGAUGAAUCAAGCAUGACGGGGGAGAGUGACCAUGUCGAAGUCGACACCAGCCUGAAUCCAUUUUUGUUUUCUGGAACAAAAGUCGCUGAUGGAUAUGCUCGGAUGCUUGUGACAUCUGUUGGCAUGAACACAGCAUGGGGUGAGAUGAUGAGCACAAUCAGCCGUGAUACUAAUGAACAGACACCCUUACAAGCCAGGCUUAACAAGCUUACUUCAUCAAUAGGUAAGGUUGGUUUGGCAGUUGCCUUUCUUGUUCUUCUGGUGUUACUGGUGCGCUACUUCACAGGGAGUACAGAAGAUGAGAAUGGAAAUCAGGAGUUCAAAGGCAGUCUGACAAAGGCUGAUGAUAUAGUGAAUGCUGUGGUGAGAAUCAUUGCAGCUGCAGUUACCAUUGUGGUCGUGGCAAUCCCCGAAGGCUUGCCUUUGGCUGUCACACUCACUCUUGCUUAUUCAAUGAAGAGGAUGAUGGCUGACCAGGCUAUGGUUCGAAGGCUCUCUGCCUGUGAGACGAUGGGUUCUGCCACCACCAUUUGUACCGACAAAACAGGUACCCUCACUCUGAACCAGAUGAAGGUGACAAAGUUUUGGCUUGGCCAAGACCCUAUUCAAGAGAAUGCUUCCUCUUCAAUUGCCACAGAUGUCCUCAAACUGAUACAACAAGGUGUUGCCCUAAAUACUACUGGAAGCAUUUACAGGGCUACCUCAGGAUCAAAAUACGAGUUCUCAGGCAGUCCUACUGAAAAAGCAAUUCUUUCUUGGGCGGUUCUGGAGCUGAACAUGGACAUGGAGGAAUUGAAGCAGACUUGUACAAUUCUCCAGGUAGAAGCAUUCAAUUCAGAGAAGAAAAGAAGUGGGGUUGCAUUGAGGAACAAAGCUGACAACAAAGUCCAUGUUCACUGGAAAGGAGCAGCAGAGAUGAUACUAGAAAGGUGUUCUACUUACUACGAUGCUUCUGGAAGCAUGAGAGAUCUUAGUCAUGUUGAAAGGACGACAUUUGAGCAAAUAAUCCAAGGUAUGGCUGCUAGCAGCCUCCGUUGCAUUGCUUUUGCACACAACCAACUUCCAGAAGAAGAGCAUGAAAUUAGAGAAGCCACCCAAAAGCUAAAAGAAGACAGCUUGACCCUUAUAGGGCUUGUGGGGAUAAAGGACCCAUGUAGACCAGGGGUGAGAAAAGCCGUGGAAGAUUGCCAACACGCUGGAGUGAAUGUCAAAAUGAUCACCGGUGAUAAUAUUUUCACUGCAAGAGCUAUAGCUACUGAAUGUGGAAUACUAAGACCUGACCAAGACAUGAACAAUGAAGCAGUUGUAGAAGGUGAAGUAUUCCGGCAGUACACCCCAGAUGAGAGAAUGGAGAAAGUUGAUAAAAUCCGUGUGAUGGCUAGAUCCUCUCCUUUUGAUAAACUUCUCAUGGUACAGUGCUUGAAACAAAAAGGUCAUGUUGUAGCAGUCACAGGAGAUGGCACAAAUGAUGCACCAGCAUUAAAAGAAGCUGACAUAGGACUUUCUAUGGGCAUUCAGGGCACAGAAGUGGCAAAGGAGAGCUCAGAUAUCAUCAUCUUGGAUGAUAAUUUUGCUUCAGUGGCCACUGUUUUGAGAUGGGGAAGAUGUGUUUAUAACAACAUCCAGAAAUUCAUCCAGUUUCAGCUGACGGUGAAUGUUGCAGCCCUUGUAAUCAACUUUGUGGCUGCAGUUUCAGCUGGUGAGGUUCCAUUGACUGCAGUGCAGUUAUUGUGGGUGAACUUGAUCAUGGACACAUUAGGUGCCCUGGCCCUUGCCACAGAGCAACCCACCAAGGAGCUCAUGGAGAAACCACCCAUGGGUCGGACAGAGCCACUUAUCUCCAAUAUCAUGUGGCGGAAUCUAUUAGCCCAAGCUUUGUAUCAGAUAGUGGUCCUCUUGACCCUACAGUUCAAAGGAGAAUCAAUCAUUGGUGUGAGCAACAAGGUAAAGGAUACCUUGAUAUUCAAUACAUUUGUGCUAUGCCAAGUCUUCAAUGAAUUCAAUGCAAGGGAGCUCGAAAAGAAGACUAUUUUUAAGGGGUUACAUAAGAACAAGCUAUUUCUGGGGAUCAUUGGAAUAACCAUUAUCCUUCAGGUGGUUAUGGUGGAAUUUUUGAAGAAAUUUGCAGAUACAGAGAGAUUGGAUUGGGGACAAUGGGGUGCAUGCAUUGGAAUUGCUGCUGCAUCUUGGCCAAUCGGCUGGGUUGUCAAGUGCAUACCUGUUUCAGAUAAACCCUUUACAAGCUAUCUAAAGUGGUAGGAACAUCACUUCAGAGAUACAGAUUACCAUUAUUUUUUAUUGUCUGAUUUCCCUCUACAGAUUACUGUUAUAAUUAAUAAAAUCAUCGUUUCUUUUUUUUUUUUUU